UGCCACGCGAGUCCACUCCUGGGGACUUAUUACUGCAAAGACUCAGUCCCUGUCUUGUUAGUCUGGUGAGACGCGAGCCGAGGUAGUGUACGGUAUUGUUCUCUCCGAGGGGAAGCAAAAGAAGAGGAUUAGCCAUGUCGUCUUUGAUCAAAAAGGUGAUCAGCACCACGAAAGCCCCAGGGGCCAUUGGUCCCUACAGUCAAGCUGUGUUAGUCGACAGGACCAUGUACAUUUCAGGACAGGUAGGUUUCGACCCUGCAAGUGGACAGCUUGUGCCAGGAGGGGUGGCAGCAGAGGCCAAACAGGCUCUUACAAACAUUGGUGAAAUUCUGAAAGCUGCGGGCUGUGACUUCACUAAUGUGGUAAAAACAACUGUUUUGCUGGCUGACAUAAAUGACUUCAAUACUGUCAAUGAAAUCUACAAACAGUAUUUCAAGAGUCAUUUUCCUGCUAGAGCUGCUUACCAGGUUGCUGCUUUGCCGAGAGGAAGCCGCGUGGAGAUCGAAGCAGUAGCUGUCAAAGGACCUCUCACAACAGCAUGACUAACCGUGCCCAGUGUUCUGUAGUCUGAAAUUUUAAUAAUUUUUUACAUUUUAAUUUUGACAAUUGAUGCUCGAAAAUGUAAGAUUGACUACAAUAUCUGGUUAUUACAGAAAUACCAUAUAAUAAGGGUAACUGAACAUAAAUGAUGAAUCCUAUUACUGAUAUUACAGAUUAGUUAUGCACACUCAUGUUUCUGGAUGUGGGUAAAGAGACACACAGUACGUCUUUACUCAAAAAAUAAAAGUAAAGAAAAAUAGCAUGUAGGAAAGAUGAGCUACCACUCCUGAGAAAUAAUAAAAAGCACACUUAAUUCAGUUAAAUCCUAUUAAUUAAUGAAAUAUUUAGUUCUCAUGUCAGAUAUAUGAUUCUGCUUUUAUUUGAAUAAAAUCAAAGUAUUCAAAUUUGAAUACUUUGGAGGUAAAGGAGAAGUGGACCAAAAUUUUAUAUAGUAAUAUUUUUCUAAUGGAAAUAAAAUAGGCAUUCAGAUUUUCCUUGGUGUCAUUG